UGGGUUUAUUAUUACGAGCCAAACAAAAACUAUGGCCUACAGUUCGCCGGGGGUCGGGUUCCCGAUCAAAGUGGCAAAACAUUGGGAGGCAGUUCAGCGCUUAAUGUUAUGGCAUUUAAUCGGGGUAAUAGUCGUGGGUAUGACGAGUGGGCCCACAAGUACGGCGCCGACGGUUGGAGUUAUAGGGAUGUGUUGCCGGUGUUCAGGGAGUGGGAGAACAAUACGGAUCCGCGUAUUGUAUACAAUGAACCCGAAUAUCACGGAACUCACGGACCCAUUCAAAUCACAACACCAAAUAAUGCGCCAACGUUUUUUCAAAAUUAUUACAAAGCAUUCAACUCUUUAGGAUAUAAAGAAACUGAUAUCAAUGGCCCGAAUCAGGCCGGGUAUGCACUCAUACAGUCUUUUAUAAACACGGCUGGUCUUAAAGAGGGAACGGGUACUGUGUUUAUAGACCCGAACCCAUCUCCAGAUAACCUGCAUAUAGUGUGCAAAGCAUUGGUCACUAAAAUACUGUUCAAUGGGUUGACAGCCAUUGGCGUCGAGUUUAUAGUGAAUGACAUCUCGUAUACGGUUUACGCCAACAGAGAAGUCAUUGUUUCCGCCGGAGCCUUUCAAAGCCCACAAUUACUAAUGCUCUCAGGCGUGGGUACGAAACAACACUUGAAUAGCUUUAAUAUACCGGUUGUGUUGGAUCUACCGGUUGGACAGAAUUUCCAAAAUCACCCGGAAGUGUUUUUAAACCCAAUAUUAAAACAACAGUAUUUUUCUCAAUUAAUUAAUCCAACACCAGAACUAAAUGUAGAACAACUGAAAAUUUUGAGUCAGUUAUAUUUUAAACACCAAGGCACUUUGUCAACUUUCCCUACAAUUAUUUCAUACACUAGCACACAUUUAAACCGAGACAAACAGUGGCCAAAUGUGGAGUAUGCAAUUCUUAGAUCAAGUAACAUUACAUUUACUCAUGUUGUGUCCUUAGCACGAUUUAAAAGCAGGGGAGUUAUGAAGUUGCAGUCAACUGACCCCCUAUUGCCCCCUCUCAUUGAUCUUAACUCGUAUUUAAAUGCCGAGGAUAAGGCAAAUAUAUUAGAUGCCGUUUCACAAGUGUUUUACAUGUAUGAGCGCACACUACUGGCCAAUUAUUUGCAACAAUUGCCGCCAUUUUCAUCCAUUGGUUGUCCCGACUGUCCGGACAAACAGUAUUUGUAUGAAUGUAUUGAGGGAUUGAAGUGUUUUAUUCAAUACAAUACAAUCGCUGGCAAUCAUCCGGCGGGCAGUUGUCGUAUGGGAGCGAUAGAGAGGCCGGACGUUGUGGUCGACCCCCAGUUGAGGGUUAACCAUUAA